CAAAGGGUAAGUGAGACUGACCCACAUUUAUACUCAAGUUAUUUAACAAUAACAGAGUCGCCAAGAAGUAAAUUGUGGUGGUCUUUCACAGUGAAGAAUGUAUUUUUUGUGAACAAGUAUUAUCAUAACAAAAGGUAUUCCCUUGUCUCAUUUCAGAGUCUAUUUUCACAUUAAAUAAAAUUCAACAAUCAUGGGCAAAAACAGAAGCACUAGCUCUAGCCUUCAUCCACACUGUGAAAAAUGUCAUAACCAGCACUGCAAGCUUCCUGUGGACAUCUCCACUUCCUGCGUCUUCAUUUUCUGCCGCCUGCAGUGCGGAGCUGCCUUCCAUCUUUGUAAAGAAGAUGAGCACAGUCUUCUCUGCCCAAAGGAAAUCGUACCAUGCCUCAACUCUGGGUAUGGCUGUCCACUGACCAUGACCCGUCAAAGGCUUGCCCAGCACCUGGAAGUGUGUCCUGCCAGUGUUGUCACUUGUAGCCUUGAAUGGAAUCGUUGGCCUGUUAGUGAGACGGAUAUGACCUUCUACAGUAAUGCCCUGCAGGAUCCAAACUGCACAACACAGCUCGACAUUGCUAUGGCACUCAGAGAUCAGAAGCUUCUGUUUAAUUCAAUUAAGAUGAAAACGCUCUUCCCAGAGUUGAUAGAAAAGAUGGAGGAGCCUGAAACUCUAAUGGAUGGUGCUGUUGGAGGAGUUGAUCUAGAGCAGUGGGAUUCUAAGAUGUUAAACCCAGAGAACAUGUUGGAGAAUGGUCUCAAUGGGGAAGAGGUAAAGGAACUAACCCAAGAAGAGCGACUGGCUCUUGCCAAGAGCAAAGAUGUGGCCAGCUUGGAGAACUAUAGCAUUUGGGAGAGAAUGUUUGCGAAGGAGAAAGAAGGGUGCAAGCAAACUGUUAAGAAUUUGGAGGAUAAAAGUAGUCCAAAAAAGGACAAGGAAGCAUCAAGAGUUACCCUUCAAGCUUCCCAUGGUUCGCAAGAUUCAGAGAUUGUAGGAACAGGUUUAGCCCCAUGGCAAGACGGCGUGCUUGACAGACUUCAUAAAGAGGUGAACGUGGCUGAAUAUAACAUGUACAUGGUGCAUAACGGAUGCAUGCUUAUCAACUUUGGCCAGCUGGCGGCUUGCACGCCCAAAGAGAAAGAUUUUGUUUAUGGCAAUUUAGAGCCCAUUGAGGUACAAACAGUACACACAUUCAACGUGCCAAUCAGCUACAGAGCCAAGCGAAGACACAUCAAGGAUCCAUCACAAGUGGUUAAGAAAACAGACCAGAAUGUUGACACGUCUGAUUUAGGGGUUGGGAUUGAAGAGCUCCCAAACGCAAAUGAGGUAGAGGCGACACUGCUGUGCUCUCUUGAAAGAGAAUUUAAAGGUCAUCAAAUAAGCGAGACUGUUGGAACCGAUGGGUUUUAUCUUGACUUCGGCACACAGACAUAUGACUUCCCCUCUGUUCCAUUCAAAAGUGAUGCUUCCUUGGCAGAUGUUGUUAGGCAUCAACCACAAAACCUACACAUGCAGAUUCAGACCGAAUGUGUGACCAGAAGACACAACAAGUCAUGCUCAGUCUUCACCUACAUUUGCUGCCACGCUUUUAGGCGAGAUGAAUACGCCUGGCACUACAGGAAUGUGCAUGGAGACAUCCAGUCCUGUCUUACUGGCUGGUUUACACAGCGAUGUCCACUUGCUUACCUGGGCUGCACCUUCAGCCAGAGGCAUUUUCGACCAUCUAAAUGCCAAGCUACUGUCAUCUAUGAUCCGGAUCUUAGCACAUUCACCCUUCAGCCAGAGGUGGCAGCAUCACUUUACAAGGGAAUAAGAACAGCUAGCAGUGAGCGGAAGAGAGCAAAGAAUAUGGACUCUUUGAGCAGACUUCCUUUUGAGAUCUUACAACAUAUUUUGGGUUUCCUGGACAGUUUGUCUUUGGGUCACUUAGCUCAAGUCUCUCAGCUCAUGAGGGAGGUGUGUAGUACCGUUCUACAGCAGAAGGGCAUGGUGUCCCUCAAAUGGGAGAAAAAGAACUACUCUCAUGGAGGAUUCACCUGGAGGACCCGAAAAAAGGCAUGGGAGUUUAGCACUCUGUUCUCUCCAGUGGAUCAAUGGGUGUUUGAAGAUGUGCCCCCCAUGGCAGAGCACCUGAAAGUCUGUCCUUUCUACCAAACAGAGAUCAGGAGUGAACCUGUGGCUUUGCCCAGUAUGACUGACCUCCAGGAGAGAAAAGAAGAGUUCCAGACACUGGUCAGCAGUUUUCUCACCACUGACAAUAGAGAGGAAGAUUAACAGACUGCUAUGUAGAAAAAAUUACAUUAUUCAUAUACAAUUUAAUUUUAGAUACAAAUGGAUAUUAAGCAUUUUUAGAGGAAGUAAUAUGCUAGUAAAAUGAACAGCUUAUUGUUGUAACUUUUUUGACGUAUCUUGGGGGACAUCUAGUGGCAGAAAUAAUAAUUUGAUAUAUAUAAAUACACUGUCGUGUACUUAUAGUGGUCCCAUAAAGUAUUUUAAGUCACACUAUGAAUACAGUUACAAAAGAUUUAAAAAUCUAAUCAAAAAUGGCAUUUAUUUAAAAGAAAUUUAGCUUAAAAACACUUUUCAAAUAAGCCAUAUUGCAAAAUAAGUUUGUUAGGUUUAAAAUCAUAACAAUUGGUGUAUUGUAUAAAAUGAACCAGGAGGACACUUUCUGGUUGUCAAAAAUU